UUCUCUGUCUUGCACCAACUCUUCCAUGUUCUUCAAGCUUAAUGCUUUGUCCACUGUCAAAAUGCGGCUUCCUCUGCUCCCAAUAUCAAUGUUGAUACUUGGAAAUAACAAGACACUUCCUCUUGUGGAAACAUCAACAUCACCACCAGUGAGCUCACGGCAUAGGCUCCUGAAACUGAUAGCCCACCUGAUACCGCGGUACGAGAGAUGCAGCUGCAGUGAAUGUGAGGUUGUCUCCGGCAUAUUUGGGAACGCAUUCUGGCACGAAAACAUAAGUCCAACAGUGCACCAGUGGUUGAACAAGGAAAGCUCAACAAGGCUUCCAAUGGCAGCAUUUCCUCACCUCAGAAAGAUAUGCAACUCAGGUUUUAUAGUUGACAGCAAUGGCAGCAACUCCUAUUUGAUCCACCCACAAAGAAUGGCUCUCCCAACACUCUAUAUAUCUGGCGGGCGGCCUCUCCUUGUGACACCUCAGACUUCUUUUCUUGCUCAUAAAUACAUGAAGCUGCACCAGCCAGGGUUUAGGCAUGAGAGGGUUGUUGUGGAGGGUUUUGGGCAUUCGGAUUUGUUGAUUGGAGAAGAGUCCUGCGAGAAGGUGUUUCCUCACAUUUUGUCUCAUAUAAGAUCGGCUAAUGGUGAUGAGCAGCAAGGAAGAAAUGUUCAUAUCAAUGUUGCUGAGGGGAAGAAGGUCUUCUCUGAUUCAGAAGCUGAUCAAUAUCAAUAUGAAGAAGGAUUUGGAAUAAUUACCUGGUUCUCUCCUUUUGUUGUUCUUCUGCUGGCUUUUUUGUUGGUUUCUCAGUUGGCUCGAUUGUUUUUAUAAUCCUUUUUUUUUUUGGAUGGAAAAGAA